AUGCACGCGCGUGUGUGUGACUGCUCCCUGACUGCCUCCCGGGACCCCCUGCUGUGGCUCCGCGUGGAAGAGGGGCCGGCGGCUCAGACGGUGUGUGCUGAGGGUCACAUUGCCAAGACCCUGGGAUACCUGCAGCUGGGCACCUCUGGCCUCCUCAAGGAUGUCCCCUACGGCACCCUGAAGCCCCCGGUGUUUGACCUUGAGCGGCUGAUUCCAGCCGAGUCCCCCCGCGGUGCAGGGACACCCUUGGGUGCUGUGCAGAGCCCCUGGGAGUGGCAGAAGAACCAGACAGCUGGGGAGGUGCUGAGUCCCCGUGCCCGGCGCAAGCCUUCACUCAAGUCUGGCCGCACCAAGAAGAUCUUUGGCUGGGGUGAUUUCUACUUCAACAUCAAGACGCUGAAGUUCAGCCUGCUGGUGACAGGGAAGAUCGUCGACCACAUCAACGGGACCUUCAGCGUUUACUUCCGCCACAACUCCUCCAGCCUGGGCAAUGUCUCGGUCAGCAUUGUGCCCCCCUCCAAGGCAGUGGGCUUUGAGGUGGUGCAGAGCACCCUGCCAGAGGGGCGCCCAGCCAAGGCCCUCAACUGCCAUGUGGAGUACGAGAAGACCAAUCGGGCACGGAAGAACAAGCCCUGCCUGUACGACCCUUCCAAGGUGUGCUUCACUGAGCACACGCAGAGCCAUGCUGCCUGGCUCUGCGCCAAGCCCUUCAAGGUCAUCUGCAUCUUCAUCUCCUUCCUUAGCAUCGACUACAAGCUGGUCCAGAAGGUCUGCCCUGACUACAACUUCCAGCACGACAACCCCUACUUUGGCUGA